UCUUGACGAGGCCACGGACCCCUGGGGGAUUAAGGUGGAGCGCGUGGAGAUCAAGGACGUGAAGCUUCCCCAUCAGCUGCAGAGGGCCAUGGCUGCAGAGGCGGAGGCAGCACGGGAGGCCAGAGCUAAGGUGAUUGCUGCGGAGGGGGAGAUGAAUGCGUCUCGUGCCCUGAAGGAAGCGUCUCUCAUCAUAGCGGAGUCUCCAUCAGCUCUGCAGCUGCGUUACCUGCAGACCCUCAACAGCAUCGCUGCAGAGAAGAACUCCACCAUCAUCUUCCCCCUGCCCAUCGACAUGAUGCAGAGCUUUGCCCGAAAAAACACAUAGGAAACACAACAUAAU